UUUACCUAUGAAGCUCCAGACAGGAAAAACCCAAACACGAAAAAAAUCCGUCCCUCCGAUUAUCCCAUUUGUGGCCCUAAUAGUUGUUUUCACAAUCAUCUCAAUCCGCUAUUCCCAGAAAAAUGUCUCCAACGAGACGAAAUCACCCUCGUUUUUCGACGGCUCUUCCGAUAAUGCCCUUGCUGUAACAAACCAUGCAGAGGCAGCGCAAGAACCAUGCAAUGAUUGUAACGGCGAAAGCCAGACGUCGCCGUCAGAAACGGCAGAGGAUAAGACAAGUUUCGUGACGGAGACGGUGGUGGAAGCAAUGCCGCGGGGUCAUGCUGAUGAGGGUGCCGUUAUUCCCGUUAAUGAUAAUAACGGGAGGGUUGUGAAGGUGGGGCCGAGAAAGCGGUCUAGGAGGCGGUCAAGGAGACGGCAACGUCGCCGUGACUCGACGUUGACCGCGAAAAGAAACGUGACGAGGACGGAGGGAAAUGACGGCGUUAAGGCCUUGGCGUUGGAAGUGGCGGGUACCAAGGAAGGCGGGUCGUGUGAUCUUUUUUCUGGGGAAUGGGUUGUGAAUCCGGAGGGUCCGUAUUACACGAAUGUGACGUGUGACUGGGCGAUCCAGGAGCACCAGAACUGCAUGAAGUUCGGGCGGCCGGAUACCGGGUUUUUAAAGUGGAGGUGGAAACCGGACGGGUGUGAGCUGCCCGUUUUUGACCCGAACCGGUUCUUGGAACUUGUUAGGGGAAAAUCUUUGGCCUUUGUUGGAGAUUCAGUUGCCAGGAAUCAUAUGCAGUCAUUGUUGUGCCUCCUCUCCUCCGUUGCGCGACCCUUGGACGUAUCAACAUCAACGGACGAAAACUUCAAACGUUGGGAAUACAGAGAACACGACUUCAACAUCUCCAUAUUCUGGUCGCCCUAUUUAGUCCGGACAGAGAGGACCGACCCGAACGACGUCACCCGCCCAUUCAACCUCUUCCUUGACGAAUUCGACGAAUCCUGGACGACCCAGAUCCAGACCUUCGACUUCGUCAUCAUCUCCGCCGGCCACUGGUUCUCCCGCCCGACCUUCUUCUACCUAAACGGCACCCUAGUCGGCUGCCAGUACUGCCCGCAGUCCAACGUCUCCCACCUCCCGUCAUCUUUCAGUUACCGGAACGCCUUCCGGACGGCGUUCCGGGCAAUCAACGGCGCGGAGGGUUUUCACGGCGUGACGUUCCUGAGGACCUUCGCGCCGUCGCACUUCGAGAACGGGAGGUGGGACCGGGGCGGGGACUGUGUACGGACGAGGCCGUUCUUGAGGGGGGAGAAAGCUUUGGAUGAUUAUAAUUUGGAAUACUACAGAAUACAAUUGGAAGAAUUGAGGAAUGCUCAGAGGGAGGGGAGAAGAAAAGGGGUGAAGCUUAGAUUGUUCGACGCGACUUUGCUUAUGUUGUUGCGGCCGGACGGGCAUCCCGGGAAGUACGGCCGGUGGCCGGACGGGAAGGUCAGUGUACCUAACGACUGCGUGCAUUGGUGCUUGCCGGGGCCGAUUGACUCCUGGAAUGAUUUUCUGGCAGAGCUGAUACGGAGAGAGGCUGCAGUAAUUAGGAAUUAAAUUUUAUGAAACUCGAUAGUCCGUUUGGGACAUCUGUAAUAGUACCAUAUUUAAAAUAGUACAAAUAUUUUAAAACUAUAGAAAGAUCAUACCAAGUAUUUGAAAGUAGAAAUUUACGGGUGAUAAGAUCUGUUUAAAUUUGAUCUGAUCUGAUCCGAUUUAUUUAAGUGUGAUCUGGUCUGGUUUGAGACCAAAAAUAGUCCAAGUAAAAAC